AUGGUCGAUGGCAACCUACAGGCGGUCUUCAGAGAUCCCUCACCGGGGCCGCUAGAUCUCGCAUACCGCGAGCGCCAACCGUUCUGCGGCGAUGUUGAAGGAUGGGGCCCGAUAAGCCCGUUGAGGUUUGAUCUCACUCCGUGCUUUCUUGACGUGUGGAUUUCGUUGGUAGCAGUCUGGGGACUCGUGUUGGGAGCUGGGGCCAUCUGGUUCCUGCUCAAGAAACGACAUCCGCAACCGGUUGCGAAGAAUUGGCACUUCUAUCUGAAACUGGUUAUUCUGGGUGCAUUGAUAAUAAAUACUGCUCUCCAAGCCUCCAUUCAGAUCGAGUCGCUUCCUGGUAUCUGGCCGGCCGACUUCAGGUUCUGGACGUCCGUCCUCACAUUCGCAUCGCUCCUGGUGAUAUUCACAGUCCAGUAUUAUGAACACUGGCGCAGCAGACAGCCCAAUGGAGUCGUCUUGUUUUACUGGGUCUUCUUUCUCUUGGCCAACGGCGUGAAACUGAGAUCGCUCGUCGCCCGAAAGGCUUACCAUGACCGACUUCCUUACUUUGUGUCCUUCAACGUGAGUGUGGGUCUCGCGCUGCUGGAGUUCAUUUUGGAGUACUUCGUACCGAAGAAACAAAGCGCAUAUGAUGCUCUGGGCGAUGAAGACGAGUGCCCUUACGAAUACGCCGAUAUUUUCGCAGUCCUCACGUUCAGCUGGAUGACACCUAUGAUGAAAUACGGCUAUAAGAAUUUCUUGACCCAAGAUGACUUGUGGAAUUUGCGGAGGCGAGACACAACUCGCGUAACGGGAGAUAACCUGGAAAAGGCUUGGCAGCAUCAACUGAAGAGGAAGAGACCGUCGCUUUGGGUUGCUCUUUUCCGGGCAUUUGGCGGACCAUAUCUGCGGGGCGCCGUUGUCAAGACUGGAAGUGAUAUAUUGGCGUUCGUCCAGCCGCAGCUCCUGCGUCUGCUAAUCCAGUUCAUCGACUCGUACAGGACGGACACGCCUGAACCGGUCAUCAGAGGAGUCGCCAUUGCCCUCGCCAUGUUCGCCGUGUCCGUGUCCCAGACAAUGUGCCUUCACCAAUAUUUCCAGAGAGCAUUUGAGACCGGUAUGCGUGUCAAGUCCUCUUUGACUGCUAUGAUAUACUCCAAGGCGCUUAAGCUGUCCAACGAAGGCCGAGCCUCCAAAAAUACGGGUGACAUUGUCAACCACAUGGCCGUGGACCAGCAACGCCUGUCAGAUCUGACGCAAUUCGGAAUGCAACUCUGGUCUGCUCCAUUCCAGAUCAUCUUAUGUAUGGUGUCCUUGUACCAACUCGUUGGUGUGAGCAUGCUUGCAGGAAUCGGAAUGAUGAUUCUGAUGAUCCCUCUUAACGGCGUCAUCGCGAGAAUGAUGAAGAAGCUGCAGAUAACGCAGAUGAAGAACAAAGAUUCGCGGACUAAGCUGAUGACAGAGAUUUUGAACAAUAUGAAGAGCAUUAAGCUCUAUGCCUGGAACACCGCUUUCAUGAACAUGCUCAGCCAUAUCCGUAACGAUCUCGAGCUGAAUACCCUUCGUAAAAUUGGAGCGACACAAUCAGUCGCGAAUUUUACUUGGUCGUCAACUCCUUUCCUGGUGUCGUGUUCUACAUUUGCUGUAUUCGUUUUGGUAAACGACAAACCACUCACAACGGACAUUGUCUUCCCGGCGUUGACUCUUUUCAAUCUUCUUACGUUCCCGCUUUCGAUCCUGCCGAUGGUUAUUACAUCAAUCAUCGAGGCAUCCGUCGCUGUUCGACGCCUGACGGAUUACUUUACUUCAGACGAGCUUCAAAGUGAUGCUGUCACCUACGAGGACCCUGUGACGCACAUCGGCGAUGAGUCCGUUAGGAUCCGAGAUGCAUCAUUUACCUGGAACAGGUAUCAGGACGGCACUGCUCUUGAGAAUAUCGAUUUCAGUGCUCGCAAGGGGGAGCUGAGUUGCAUUGUCGGGCGCGUUGGCGCUGGCAAGUCUUCGUUCCUCCAGUCUUUGCUGGGCGAUCUCUGGAAGAAACAAGGUGAGGUCGUUGUCCGUGGUCGGAUAGCUUACGUUGCGCAGCAACCUUGGGUGAUGAAUGCUAGUGUUAGGGAGAAUAUUGUGUUCGGACACCGCUGGGAUCCCCAUUUCUACAAUCUAACUGUCGAGGCCUGCGCUUUGCUGGAUGACUUCAAAACACUGCCAGAUGGAGAUCAAACCGAAGUUGGAGAGAGAGGAAUUUCGCUCUCCGGAGGUCAGAAGGCUCGAUUGACUCUUGCUAGAGCCGUCUACGCCCGGGCAGACGUGUACCUCUUGGAUGAUGUCCUGUCAGCUGUCGAUUCACAUGUUGGAAGGCAUAUCAUAAACAGAGUACUCGGCCGUACUGGUAUACUCGCCAGCAAGACCCGAAUUCUCGCAACCAAUGCCAUAGCUGUCUUGAAGGAGGCAGACUUCAUUGGAUUGUUACGUGACAAGACCAUAAUUGAAAAAGGAACUUAUCAGCAAUUGAUCGCAAUGAAAGGCGAGGUUGCUACCCUUGUCCGUACAACGACGAGUGACGAUGAAGAUUCGUCUAAAAGCAUCGAUGACGGAAAAGACCUUGCUAGUCCAGAGAGUUCGGAAUCGGCAACCGUCGUCGUCGAUCAAGGCGAUGACACCGAGUUAUCAGAUGUUGAAGAGGCUGACGAGGGCUUGGCUCCACUGGCUCCAAUCUCAUCUCGUAGUGUUGGACAGAGAAGGACAAGCCUCUCCACGUUAAGACGGGCUAGUACCUCCAGCUGGCAGGGACCGAGACGUAAAUUGGGCGACGAAGAAAACCUGAAGAGCAAGCAAACCAAAGAGACCGCAGAACAGGGAAAGGUCAAAUGGAGUGUCUACGGGGAAUAUGCCAAAACGAGCAAUCUCUACGCGGUAACAAUCUAUAUAAUCGCGCUCCUUGGUGCGCAGACAGCGGGUAUUGCCGGUGGGUUCUGGUUGAAGAGAUGGUCUGAGGUCAACGAGAGGGAGGGAAGGAACCCAGAUGUUGGCAAGUAUAUUGGAAUAUACUUUGCUUUCGGUUUGGGUGCCUCUGCGUUAGUCGUUUUCCAGACUCUCAUUUUGUGGAUCUUCUGUUCGAUUGAGGCUUCAAGGAAACUGCACGAGCGUAUGGCAUUUGCUAUUUUUCGAUCUCCAAUGAGUUUCUUCGAGACGACGCCAUCUGGACGUAUACUUAACCGGUUUUCAAGUGACAUAUACCGUAUCGAUGAAGUUCUGGCACGCACCUUCAAUAUGCUGUUUGUAAAUACGGCUCGUGCAGCUUUCACAAUGGCGGUUAUUGCGGUCUCCACGCCGGCAUUCCUUAUUUUGAUUAUCCCAUUGGGUGCUGUUUACUUGGCUUAUCAGAAGUACUACCUGAGAACUUCACGAGAACUGAAACGGUUGGAUAGUGUCAGCAGAAGUCCGAUCUAUGCUCACUUCCAGGAAUCUCUUGGUGGUAUCAGUACCAUUCGUGCUUACAGGCAACAAGAUCGAUUCACACUGGAGAAUGAAUGGCGUAUGGACGCGAACCUUCGGGCCUACUUCCCCUCGAUCAGCGCGAAUCGAUGGCUUGCAGUUCGCCUUGAGUUUAUCGGAUCUAUCAUUAUUCUUGCAGCUGCAGUGUUCGCGAUCAUUUCAGUAUCUACUGGAAGUGGACUGUCGGCCGGAAUGGUUGGUCUUGCCAUGUCAUACGCUCUUCAGAUCACCCAAUCUUUGAAUUGGAUUGUACGACAGACGGUCGAGGUAGAGACCAAUAUCGUCUCUGUUGAGCGAGUCUUGGAAUAUGCCAAUCUGCCCAGCGAGGCUCCAGACGUGAUUUUCAAGAACCGCCCAAGUCUGGGAUGGCCUUCCAAAGGUGCUGUGACGUUCAACCACUACAGCACACGGUACCGUCCAGGACUGGACCUCGUCUUGAAAGAUGUCACCUUGGACAUUAAGCCUCAUGAGAAGAUCGGUGUUGUUGGACGUACGGGUGCAGGAAAGAGCUCGCUCACGUUGGCUCUUUUCCGUAUCAUUGAGGCUGCCAGCGGAAGUAUCAGCAUUGACAACUUGGAUAUCUCAACAAUCGGUCUGCUUGAUCUUCGGGGCCGUCUCGCAAUCAUCCCGCAGGACGCUGCCCUAUUCGAAGGCACUCUACGUGAUAACCUCGACCCUCGACAUGUGCAUGAUGACACUGAACUUUGGAGUGUACUUGAACAUGCAAGACUGAAGGAUCACGUCGCUGGCAUGGAAGGUCAAUUAGACGCUCAGAUCAACGAAGGAGGUUCAAAUCUCAGUCAGGGACAGCGCCAGCUUGUUUCCCUUGCGCGCGCGUUGCUGACCCCAAGCAACAUCCUGGUGUUGGAUGAAGCAACCGCCGCAGUUGAUGUUGAGACUGACGCACUCCUUCAGCGUACCUUACGGAGCGACAUGUUCCAGCAUCGGACGAUCAUCACGAUCGCUCACCGUAUCAAUACUAUUCUUGAUUCGGACCGAAUCGUGGUGCUGGACCGUGGCACAGUUGCAGAGUUUGACACACCAGCGGAGCUUAUUCGACGUGGCGGCAAAUUCUAUGAGUUAGUCAAGGAAGCCGGCUUGCUCGAUAGUGAAGGGCUGGCCACCCUCCAGUAA